AUGGCAGUCACAUCUACCUCGGCUCCGGUCGACUGUACCCUUCCCUCUAGCUCCAGUAGCUCCAUCACAAAGCCCAUCAAACCAGUGACUAAGCCGUGUUUUGGUUGCGACUGUGGCGAUGAAGAGCGGACGCCUCGGGCCUGUGACUCAUGCUAUAGACGAAAGAUCAAAUGUGAUGCCGCUGUUCCGCAAUGUAAUUGGUGUAGCCACCAUAACAUGCCUUGCACAUUCGAUAGAGCGCGCAGACGGCCAAAGGUUUCGCGUCUGUCAGAACGAAUCAGUCGCAUUGAGCAGCUGCUCGCGGAGAACUUGAGAGGGGAACAACUCUUACCUGAGUCUCCGCGGUCAAUCGAGGCUUCUACAGCAUCAACCACGAGCACUUCUCCCAGUGCUAAUCAACCCCCAGACUCGUCAUCAGUACGGGUCCACUUUGCAGGCAAAGAGUUGGGUGUGAUUAGCCUACUCACUGGGACACCAUUCCUUUUUCCCGAAGGACAGGAAUGGAUUACCGCUCGUACGGGACAGUCCGUUUCACUUGACAAGCUGUGUCCGGCGCGUGCGCCGUGGGAGAAGGAGCGCGGGCAGAGUUUCAAUACUCUGCUAAUGAACAUGAACGCUCUUAAUCCCUUCGAGCUGCCUGACCUCGGGAUUCUGCGGGUUUAUGUCGAGGCCUUCAAACGCUCCAAGGUCAUGCGCCGUAUCUUUCCUGUCGUUGACACGGAACUUUUUGAGGAGACGAUUAGUACUGCUUACAAGCAGUCCAUCUCCUCUUUCACAUAUGGUCAAGCCAGUGCUCGGGUCUGUGUCAUUGCAUUCCUCACAUUUGUCUCACGUCUACCUCCCGUCAACGAGAUCGUCGGUGCACUUCACAUUCCCCCAAUCGACCAUGAUUUACUUGCCACUAGAGCUCAGUUCUUGAUGCCGCAAGUUCUGCAAGAGUCUGCUAGCUUAGAUUCUGCCCAGGCUCUAACAAUGCUGACUCUCUUUGAAUUAUCCUCGGGAAAUAUGCGGGCAACGAACUACUACGCUGCGAUUUCUGCCCGACUCAUCUUCAUGCUUGGCGGGAAUCUCAACGGAGAUCAGACCUUCAUUCAUGACCCACGUAGCCAGCAAAAGCAACAGCAACUACGCAACCUCUUUUGGAUUGGCUACACUAUUGACAAGGACCUGGCUCUGCGGACGGGUCAACCGCCAACUAUCACUGACGAGAACUGUGAUCUUACUCUACCACCUGGAUACCUUGAUCGAGCCUUCAUGGAUGUGGAGGAUGACGACGCGCCGUUCCUUGGUCCGGUAUUCCCAUUCGACUUGCGCCUCAGCAUUAUAAAGGCACGGGCACAUCUUAGCAGUCUUCAAAAGACCGAUGCCGAGCUCCUCAAAUCGAUCCGUGAACUGGACGAUGGGUUGGAAGAAUGGCGACUUUCAGUGCCCCCAAAGUGGCGUCCGACAAUGUCUUUCUCUUCCGAGACUUCCGAUUCAAAUAUGAGCAUGCACUCCGUCAUGUUGCGUUUGAACUACCACCUAUGCAUGACCAUCAUUCAUCAAGCGAGUGGAAGGUGCAAGGCGUGGGUACAGGGCCAAAGCGGUAUGAUGGACGGUGUGAGCUCCAGCAUGGCUCUUUCAGUCGAAGCUAGCCGAUCAAGUCUAUGUUAUCUCGAGGCAGCAGAGCAUGUGGUGGUAGACGGUGUCUUCUGGACAUUGAUCUUCUACCCGAUGUCGGCGCUGCUCACCAUAUUCUGCAGCAUCCUUCAGAACCCACUGGAUCCACACUCUCGUGGAGACUUGGACCGAUUGAACGUUGCCACGGUCAUGAUUGAGCGCAUAUUCUCUCGGAAAUUGCCUGAUACCGAGCUUGAGCAUUUCAAGCUCGUUGCUGAUUUUAUUUUAGAGUUGAAGCGGUUGGCUGAGUGUGCUAUUGAUAAGGCUUGGGCUGAGCAGCGUGCAGGCCAGUAG